UGGCAUUAAAAAGGAGAAGAUACAGAUACUUACAUAACAGACAGAAGAUAAAAAGCAAAACAGCAGAAGAAAAAAAAAAAGGCAGCCAUGGAGCAAGAACUUUUUCUCUACUGGUUCAAGCUAUGUGUAUUGUCCAUAAUAACAUCUCUCUUUGUUGUAAAGGUUUUUCUGUUGAUUUGGUGGAGACCCAGAAAAACUGAAGAACAUUUCUCUUUACAAGGGAUCAGAGGUCCCCCUUAUCGCCUUUUUGUUGGAAAUGCUAAAGAGCUUGUUAGUUUAAUGUUGAAUGCUUCUUCUCAACCCAUGGAGUUUUCUCAUAAUAUACUUCCUAGAGUUCUCCCCUUCUAUCACCACUGGAAGAAAAUCUAUGGGGCGACGUUUCUUGUGUGGUUUGGGCCAACAGUCCGUCUCACGGUGGCUGAUCCCGACUUGAUUCGAGAAAUUUUCACUUAUAAGUCGGAAUUUUACGAGAAGAAUGAGGCUAAUGCGUUGAUUAAACAACUAGAAGGCGAUGGACUCCUUAGCCUCAAAGGAGAGAAAUGGGCUCACCAUAGGAAAAUCAUCACCCCUACAUUCCACAUGGAAAAUCUUAAAUUAUUAAUACCAAUGGCGUCAAGAAGUGUGACUGAAAUGUUAGACAAAUGGUUUGAUAUGUCAAAAAACUCGAGUGAAGUCGAAAUUGAAGUAUCGGAGUGGUUCCGGCUAUUAACCGAGGAUAUCGUCGCUCGGACCGCAUUUGGAAGCAGCUAUGAAGAAGGAAAAGCCAUUUUUAGGUUACAAGCCCAACAAAUGGCCCUCGCAUCUGAAGCAUUUCACAAAGUUUUCAUCCCCGGUUAUAGGUUCUUACCCUCGAGACGGAAUAUAAAGUCUUGGAAAUUGGAAAAGGAAAUUAAUAAAUCCCUAGUGAGAGUGAUUGAUCAAAGGACAAAGAACUGGGGGGAUGAAAUUGUAGAAAGUGGGCCCAAAGAUUUGUUGGGACUUAUGAUUCAAGAAAAAAAUUUGAAUUCAAGAAUUACGGUUAAUGACAUUGCUGAAGAAUGCAAGACCUUUUUCUUUGCUGGUGAACAGACAACAUCAAAUUUGCUGACGUGGACGACUGUUUUGCUAGCUAUGCACCCAGAAUGGCAGGCCCUAGCACGUGAUGAGGUUCUUAAGGUGGUCGGAUCACGUGACUCACCCACCAAAGAUGAUGUUGUCAAGCUCAAAACUUUGGGGAUGAUCUUGAAUGAGUCCCUUAGACUUUAUCCACCUAUAGUAGCGACGAUCAGACGAGCAAAGUCGGAUGUAGAACUCGGAGGAUGUAAAAUUCCUGGUGGAACAGAGUUACUAAUACCUAUCCUUGCGGUUCACCAUGAUCAAGCCAUUUGGGGUAAUGACGUAAACGAUUUCAAUCCGGGUCGAUUCUCUCAAGGAGUGGCUCGGGCAGCGAAACAUCCAGUAGCUUACAUUCCCUUUGGCCUUGGAGUCCGACAAUGCAUUGGUCAAAAUUUGGCGAUCCUACAAACAAAAUUGACGCUUUCAAUUAUGCUUCAACGAUUUUCUUUUUGUUUGUCCCCACGUUAUCAACAUGCCCCAACUGUGUUGAUGCUUCUCUACCCGCAGUACGGGGCACCAAUCAUAUUUCGACCUUUGUCUUGCCACCAAGAUUGAUAUAAUCAAGAUCAACCCUCGAGGAUUCUAGCUCGUGUGUGAGUUUAUCUAUAUAUAUCUAUUUCAUGUUAAAUUGGACGUUGAAUACUCAACUAUAUUGAUCUUGACACGUAAUUUCAAAACACCUACAACAAACUACUCUUGAAAAUUUUUUACACGUGUCAAACAAGUAUUCAAAACCCAAGAUAACGUACAAUAUUGUUACCAUUCCAAAAUUAAAUUAGUUAGUAGAAGUCAUUUAUUUAUUUAUUUAUUUCAUAUUCUUUUCUAGUACCAUUCCUUCUUCACCUGAUAAUAGUACUACCUUUACUGACCCCUCUUUUCUCCAAGUUGUUAUCUCUGUCUGUAUCCAAAUUUAGGAUUUUUAUUUUAUUUUUAUUUUAUUUUAUUUUAUUUUAUUUUUUUUUUUUGUAUUGGGUCUACAUGAGCUAGUGUCAGCAGAUUUCUUAGUGGCUUAGUUGUGUAUAUUUUUAUAUAUUAAUUAAUAUAACUGCAAUCGAAAACAGUUCUGUAAUAUUGGGCCACUCCAAUGUAUAUUUUACUAAUUAAAUUUAGCGCAUCAGAGGUGAAGAUGCUUCAACUUUA